AUCCUAUCCAUUCAUCCAUUCAGCCAUUCCUCCAUCGAUCUCGUCCGUCAGUCCCUGCAUCUUCCCUGUCAUCUGCACGCCUGCAGGCCUGCCAACAGCCGCGGUUCCGACAUCUCCGCAUUGCCUCGUCCACCACGCUAAGAGCCUCGCCCAACUCCUCCUGCUGCAACCCAUCAUCACAUCCACACACAUCCUCUCUCUCUCUCUCGCCACUUUCAACACCAUCCCAUCCUCCUCCGCCAUGCCAAAUCCCUCGCAACUCCUCCUCCUUGCCGACCACAUCAAACUCUCCCUGCUCGAACGGCAACGAGCCAUCUCCCUCGACCUCGAACCCAACAGCCAAGAUGGCGAGAUCUCACGCUCCCUCGACUCCUUAAAAGAGGGCAUCGACGGCGUCGAAGCCGAAUGCGCCCGACUCGAAGAAUCCAACGACGACAGCGCCGCCGAUAUGAGAGAUCAGCUCGGUCACCUCCACUCGCAGUACCGAGACCUGUCCUCCCAAUUCCGCGGCUCAGAUGUCGCAGACUCAACGGACGAUCCGGUCGAAUUCACCAACAUCAAGAACUCCUCGCCGGACCUGAAACAACCGGUCCCACAGCACCCGUCGUCCAAAUCCGUCCGGUUCAUGGAUUCCGCGGCCGAAGAAGAGGACGAUCUCAACCGUCGCAACCUGUUCCAGCCGUACCGCGACUCGCCCUCCCCGCAGGGCGUGGAUACCUCCGAUAUGUCCAAUCAGCAGGUCUACGAUCAUCAUGAACAGAUCAUGCGCGAUCAAGACGAGCAACUCGAUCGUCUGGGGGAAUCGAUCGGUCGACAGCAUCAGCUUAGUAUCCAGAUCGGGGAUGAACUCGAGGGCCAUGUUGCCUUGCUGGAUGAUAUGGAUGGUCAUGUGGAUAGACAUCAGGGUCGAUUAGACAAUGCGAGACGACGACUGGAUCGAGUCCGACGCAGUGCGGGCGAUAACUGGAGUAUGAUGACCAUCAUUGGACUGAUCAUCGUCCUGGUCAUUUUGAUCGUCCUGUUGAAAUAGCCGGCUGCCUAUCCUUCAUCGUCGUAUAUGAUCUUCUUUCGUUUUUGUCAUGACUGUGGACCGGCAUGUCUGGCGGCGUUACUUGUGGAUUGGAGUUGUCGAUUGGGAUGGAUUAUGGGCGUUAAUGUCAUACGUAUAAUGAAUGGGCUUGCACCUACACCUACACACCUGGAUACCAUCCAAGGAUCUGUUCCAAUACACUAUAUAUCAUUCUUUACAUAGUACGGAGGACAAUCUUUAGCAGAGUCAUCAAUCUCAUGCUUUUACCAU